GGGGGCUGCCCUCUGCGAUGGCUGCCUGGUGCACGCGUCUUCGAGUGCGCUGCCCGGGUCGCGGCGGCCGCGUCGAUGGCGUGCGCACGGCCACAGCGCUGCCAGAGGCGCUUUGGUUUGUGUUUUGUGCUUCUCUCGCAUGUACACCUCGGGGCGCCGGGGUCGCGCCGAGGCGUCGGGCGACUCUUCUGGCGAUGAUGAUUUGAUUCGUUCGUCUUCGCGUCUUCGCGCGGGUCGGGAGAGCCUCGAGCCCCAGACGCUCCCCGGGGCGGCAGCCCAUUUGCAUCGCGACCGACUCCCGCGGGCAGCUUCGCGAUGGCUCCCGCGGCGAGCGCCGACGAGACAAAGAUGUACCAUCGCAUGGCCGACUGGUACAACAGGCCGGAGUGCGACGCGCUGCGCGCCGCCUGGGGCCCGUACCCGGCGACGCCGGGCGUGCUUCAGGCGUGGCCGGGCUUCGUCGCCGUCACGAACGCGUUUCUUGACAGCGACGCUGCAGACGACCGGCCCGCCGUCGCUGCCGCUGCGGAGCCCGUCGCGGCGGAGGCCGUAGAGUCGGAGCCCGUCGACGUGAGGCCCGCGGAGCCCGCAGCAAGUACGCAGCCCGUGGUCGUAAGUGAGGUGAUGGAGCGCGAGGCGCCCGCGGAGGGCGGCGCGGGCGAGGGAGUCGGCUCUGUCGAGUUCCUCGGCCGCUGGCACGAGAAAAAAGAUGACCGCGCGAUGCCCGUCAAGUUAAAGUAUGGUCUGAACAUUGAAUGGAACGAUUUCACGGGUGCCCGAGUGGCCUUCGGCCGGCUCGUCGAAGAGCUCGUGCAGAAAAACGCGCCGAGCGGCAUUCUCGUAAUUGGUCGCGAGAGAGAGGGUGCCCGGCUUUCCUGGUCCGCCAGCGCGGACGACGUGAGCUAUCAGCGACACGGCCUUGUCGGGCUGGAGUACAUAAAGCAUGAAAACAUCCGCUUCGCCGGCUUCGAGGGCGUCGUCGAUUUUCAUAAGGGGGAUUUUGGAGCUCAGGACCAAAUGGCGGUCUACCGCGUCACGCUACCGCGCGGAGGCCUCGACAGAUCGAAAUGGGCAGGACGCCCGCCGCCGCUCGCGCCGGAGGACCUGCACACCGGCCCGCCGGACGACGGCCUGCUGAGCACGGGCGAGAUCUCGGGCGAGUAUUCGGCCCCGUGUGAGGACGGGAGAUGCUGCAGAUCGAAGACCGUGAUUCCGUUCGGGCCCGACGCGAUCGAGACGUUUGAUUCGUGGGUGUGUUGUGUUCCCCCUUCUUGUAUUGGGCCGCGGGCGAAUGGUAAGGUCUUGACGCGCAAGCCGGGCACCAAUGAUUUCGAUUGGAUGACGUUCUCGGCCGAUGGAACGGCCGGUGGAGGCUUCAAAAAACGCCCACACUCGCAGAAACGGCCCUUCCGCAAGGUCGAGACGAGGGACCUCGCGGGCACCUGGUGCGGCUGCUGUUGCAGCCCGUGUAUUCCGCUUUGGCCACUUUCGUGCUUUUACUGGACGAGGAAGAAGGCGCUUGACGAGGACCGGUACGCGGAGUCGGGCCUCAGAUGUGGUCUGUGCCCCUGGUGGUCCAUCUGUUCUGAAACGUACACGCGGACAUACCACGAUGGCGGCGGCGGCCGCAGCUAUCCGACGAAUGGGUUCGGAUUGGAGGACGAGAUAACAUGCAUCGAAGGAGGUUGCUGCCCAAUAGCUUCUACAUAUUAUCGCAAUUCCGGCUACGCCGCUGGCGGCCCAUUCUUCGCAAAGAAGGUCGGCUAGGCCGAUCUAGAGUAUAAGAGACAAUGUCACGAGUCGCACCUUACGCGGGCGGCGCGUGGUCGCGGGGGCCGCGCCGGGCGGCGGGGGGCUCGGCGGCCGCGGACCCGGUCUAGGCCCGCCGCCGCGUCAUAGGGCAUAGGGGAGGACACGCACGCCCGCGCCCC